AUCAAUCUAGUGGCGGUUCAUUCAUUUCUAAACCAUUUAAAAAAAAAGGGCGCGUGCCAAAUAGGGGGGUGGGGGGGCUCUCGCGUCUCCCCGCGCGCGCUAGCUGGCCGGCUGGCUUGGGUCUGGCUUCGCAACGUACACACAACAGUCAUUGGAUUGCGUGCGCGGUAGGCGGAACCCGGACCCUCUUCACAUCCCACUUUUGAGAAGAUUACGAGGACAGUUUACUGGGAAAACGCAUGACAUUAACGCCGCGCGGAGGGAAGGAGGACGGACGUAGCGGGCCACAGACAGGACGACACGCCACGGGUCCGGGAGGCAGAGCCGAGCAGCGAGCGGACGGAGGCAGCAUCGGAUCUGUGUGGAGAUAUUUGGAGUUGGAGGAGGACACUGGUACUUCUCUGAUCCCAGGAGGAAAAUAAAAACUCACAGUACAAACUUUGCCUCAAACAUUUACACAUUUCAACAAACUGAUUAUUACAUACACACAAAGGCACCAGAGCAAAUAUGAGUGAGGAUAAACCGGCCGACACUGUGGAAAGUGCUCCUGCUGAGGAGAACGCUAUUCCGAAUGGGAAAGGCCACGAGCCCGGGGAAGAGAUCACUGCAUCGGCCAAAACACCACCUGCAGGGGACGGUGAAAAUCCCCACAGAACUGAGAAUACAGAGGCCAACCUGCCAGAGAGCCAGGAGUUCCUAUCAGGCAUUGAUGACAAGAAGACCACACGCUUCACAGAUUUUGAGGGGAAAACCUCGUUUGGGAUGUCCGUCUUCAACCUGGGCAAUGCAAUCAUGGGCAGUGGAAUCCUAGGACUGGCGUACGCCAUGGCCAACACAGGGGUCGUCCUGUUUUUGACACUUCUAACAGUGGUGGCAGUCCUCUCGUCAUAUUCCAUCCAUUUACUGCUCAAGUCAUCUGGCAUUGUAGGCAUUCGGGCGUACGAGCAGCUCGGCUACAGGGCCUUUGGGACCGCGGGGAAGAUGGCGGCAGGUAUUGCCAUCACGCUGCAGAACAUUGGAGCCAUGUCCAGUUACCUGUACAUAGUCAAGUAUGAGUUUCCUUUGGUCAUCCAGGCCUUUCUGAAGGUGGAUAAACCUGCAGGCGAAUGGUACCUGAAUGGGAACUACCUGGUGAUCAUUGUAUCUAUUGCAGUAAUAUUACCACUGGCUCUCAUGAAACAGCUAGGAUACCUGGGAUACACCAGUGGCUUCUCCCUGAGCUGCAUGGUUUUCUUCCUCAUUUCGGUCAUCUACAAGAAGUUCAAUACCCCUUGUCCAUUCGUGGACUUUGCAUUUAAUGGCACUGCCAGUGUGCUGAAUGUCAGUGUCGCUGACCCCGGCGGGGAGGAUAAUCCUGCCUGCAUUCCCAAAAUGGCCAACCUCAACUCACAAACGGCCUACACCAUCCCCAUCCUGGCGUUCGCCUUUGUGUGCCACCCCGAGGUCCUGCCCAUCUACACAGAGCUGCGCAAUCCCACCAAGAAAAAGAUGCAGCAUGUGGCCAACAUCUCCAUUGCAGUCAUGUACAGCAUGUACUUCCUGGCUGCCCUUUUUGGAUACCUAACUUUCUAUGGUGAAGUGGAACCAGAGCUGCUUCACACCUACAGCCGUAUUGACCCGUAUGACACUUUGAUUUUGUGCGUGCGUGUGGCUGUGCUCACUGCUGUCACACUCACUGUGCCCAUUGUGCUCUUUCCCGUGCGGAGAGCGAUCCAGCAGAUGAUGUUUCCCAACAAGACCUUUAACUGGCCCCGUCACAUCGCCAUUGCCAUCAUCCUGCUCACUUUCAUCAACCUGCUGGUCAUCUUUGCCCCCAACAUCCUGGGCAUCUUUGGGAUCAUUGGUGCCACAUCUGCCCCUUGUCUCAUUUUCAUCUUCCCUGCUGUCUUUUACAUUCGCAUUGUACCCAAAGAAGAGGAGCCACUGCGCUCGGUUCCCAAAAUCCUGGCUGCCUGUUUUGCCGGGAUAGGCUUCCUGUUUAUGAUAAUGAGUCUCAGCUUCAUCCUUAUUGAUUGGACAUCGGGCAGCAGCAACGCCAGCAGUGGUCACUAGGAACCACCUUUCUUUUUUUUUUCAGGUUUUAUAUUGUUGAUUUAGAUCUGUGUUGUAAUGUUACUGUUUUUACUUUGAAUAUAAUGUUUGAUGUUGAACAUGCCCUAUCUUUUCCAUUAGAGAAUAUUGGCCACAGAGGAGGAGUCUAGAGUUGAGGAUGGUUCUCUGUUUCUCCACAAAAAGCUCUCACUCGUUACAUUGUACUCUACAUCCUGCCAGUCAGUGACUGCAGAUGCAGGCCAGUAGGCUUUCUUGGAAAGUUGAUAGUGAAUUUACAAAAUAGGCCAGGUGCAUAAAGAUUGAUGUUGACAUUUGGAGGCUGUGCCUUGUGAGAUGGAUGUAAAAAGUCACAAUACAGAAAGCUGCUGUCUUUAUACGCCUGUCCCCAUGUUGGUUGUGAGCAUCUGCCUCCCCUCUCUGUCCCUGUAUUGUCCUAAAAUGAUCUGCAAACUGCUACUCAGAUUAUAACACACAAUAUAAGGCACCUCCCUUUUAAGAAAUGUAUUGACUGAUAGAGAAUUCUUUUAAGAUUUUUAUGUCAAUGAUGAUGAUUAUUAUUAUUAUUUUAAGUUAUUUGAAUACCUACAUCUUUGCCAUUCUGUGCAACUGCAGAGGAAAGUGAUAGUAAGCUAUUGCACAGAAAUAAAGAUAAGUUAAAGGAAUAGUUUUAACUUUUUCAGGAAACAUACACACACUUUGUUGGAGAGUUAGAUGAGAUUGAUCGCCACAGGCAGAAGCUGGUUAGCUUAGCUUAGCAUAAAGACUGGAAAAUGCUGAACUAUUCCUUUUAAGGCGUGUAGCCUCUGACUCCACUAACUUGUGCUGCUGCUGUGUAUUUUAAGGUUUGGAGGUGUUAACAUUCUCACCUCCGACAGAGCAAAGCCACAUACAGUAUGUGGUACUGUGUUGAGAGCACAUUUAUUAUAACAUUCCUAUACAAUAUUAUCUAGAUGUAUAUUUUUUAUUAUUAGUCAUUACUUGUUGAAAACCUCAGAAGAUGCAGUACGGACUGAUGACAUGAUCCUCAGCGCUUACCGAGGCGAUCAAUAUCAGAAAUGCAGGUUUCAAGUUCGGAGCAUUUUUAAAUGGUUCUUGCCUGUCCAGACCACUAAAUAACAGAGUGCCUAUAUUGUGCACAGAGUUUUCUUUUCAGUAUUACUGUUUGAAUGACAGUGACAAAUGGUACUGAAGACCUCAUCAGUUGGAUUGUACAGAUCAGAGUGAUAAAUGAAAUGAAAAGAAGAAAGUUACCGCUCAGUGUUCUUAAUCAUGGAGCGGGGACCUGGAGGAUUCGAUGUGUUGUUUCUGAACAUUUACUGGCAGUAAUCAGAGAUAACCAAAACAUGUAUAAAAAAACAAAAAAAUCGACAGGGUCACUUAAUAAACAGCUUGGUGUCUGUAAAUAUUUCUGCGUCCAGCACAAACUUGAUGCCUAAUAAAAAUGAUAGACAUAAAAUUAUAGUCACUUUAACAAUCUUGAAAAGUUGGUGGUUAGCAAUAGCACUUUCCUUUGAUAAGCACAACUUCCUGUAGCCAUUAAUAAGUUAAAACACAAGCGAAUGAUUUGUGAGAAAUUCAAAUAUUUGAUAGAUGUGAUUUAAGGGUUAUGAUUCUUUGUAUAAGUAAAUCAUUGAGAAACGAAUCAAUCUAAUUUAGAUAACGAGAAAAUUAACAGUGUAUUGAUGGUAUAAUAUGGAUGUCUUUUCAAACAUUACUUGAAAUAAUGUUAAAGUUAGCUUUCCUGUGAGCCCCUGCGAACAUUAGUUUCCUCCUCUGGUCCGUUCUGUGGAUAAAAAACACUUUUUAGUUGGAUGUACUGUUGGAGGUUUUUAAGUGUCCGUGUUGUUUAAAAAAGAAAACAUGGCUCCACUGUAUUUUGAACUAUAGUAUCUAUAUGCAUUUGUGUUGUUAAACCUGGACCUAUACUCUGAUCAGAAGUAUAAUUCAAGUAUUCGUCUCCUACAAUUGAUAGAUGAACUUCGUAUAUAAUGUUUAUUCAGGCGUAUCAGUUGGAUCUGAUUCAGUGAUGAAAUGCAAGAUGCAAAACCUGUUAAUGAUUAAUUUCAUGUUUUUUUCUUCUUAUAUUUGUCUUUGUAGUCAGUGGUAUAUCAUCAGUGGUUUGGUUCAUUCCUGACUUUCUUGCUGCUUCUUUGGCAGACAAUAACCUACUAACUUGGAGUUGUUAGUGAGCUGGUGUAUCCGCCUACAUUUCAUUGUUUUUAAAUGAUAAUUUCUGUUACACCAGACUACAGUGAGUGAUGUAUGGGUAAGUUAGUAUUGUCGUGUCAAUUUGUUACACAAACAAACCUCCCUAAUACCUUUUGUUUUUCAUUAUAUCUAGAUAUAUGGUUGUCUUUAUGUGUCUGUAUGCAGAGGGAAUCAUCUGAAUCAGCCACUGGGGCAUAACUUAGUGUUUGGUGUUGUUUAUCCAAUGCAAGGGUUAUAUUUAUCCCCAACUUCCUGUUCCUAGUUUUGACCUUUAUGCAUGUACGAUAAAGCCAUUUGGUAAAUUACAUAAGUGUCAUAAGCAGUUUUUCAACGGUGCACACACACAUAACACUUCAAAACCUCACAACAUGCAAAAAAUACAAAAGUGGCAACGCAGUGAGGGGAUACACUGUGUUAGUGGCUGAUAGAAGCUGAUCUCUGAGGACCUCUAUUUAGAUCUCAGUGUUGUUAGUCUCCCUCUUUUUGUGAUUUAUUGAAACGUGUAUGAUUUGAAUAGUAACAUUAAAUAUUGACAUCGGCCAGCAUUUAUAAAUAAUGUAUAUAAAUGUAUACCCUUUAUAUUCUAUAUGCAUAUCUAGUUUGUACAAUGUAAAUAGCAAUUAAAGUUUCAGUCCAAUUAAAAAUAUAAAUGUAAUCAGUUUCAAAGUGCUUUUAAACCUUUGUCCUUCAAUUCAUGUCGAUUUUCUUGUAUCUCUAUAUAUUUUAAUAUGUUGCUGGCAGUUACUGUACUGUAAACAAUGUUGCAAUAAAGAUA